AUGACCUCAAAGGACGAUGGUGUUGUCUUUGUCGUAAAGCGUAUCAUUGAAUUACUGAAGGAGCAAGAUGACGUCCUUAUAGACGUAUUCUUCGAUCUGGUAUUCUUCCAGUCUGGGAAGUGUUUGGAGCGUACUAAAAGAACCUUUAACGUAUCUGAGAACGACUUCAGCAUUCUUGUCAUGGUCUCUAUCCCUGACCGCUUUCUGGUUCACUCGUUCAACAAUCUUACCAAUCUGUGGAAGAAUGCUGCUGGCGCGACAUGGGAUGAUCUAAGCCUCUACGCUAAAUAUUGGAAUAUGUUUGCGUCAAGCAAAGGGACGGAUAGGACCAGUCCAACGGGCGACCAAACGGCAGCUUGGGAAGUCGGUAAAGCUACGAAACCUCAGCCACUUUUUGCUAUUUCGGUUGCAUACAACAAACCGGCCGCCCAGCCAGGCAUAUACGCCCAAGGUCUCAAUGCCACGAGCCCAUCGAACCCUACCGAUCUGGAUGGAGCCCAAUUGAUCGUGGGGUAG